UGCAUGCGUGCGUGCGUGCGUGCGCGCGCGCGCGUUUGUCCUCCCCUUCUCCCUUUUUCCGCCGCGUUCUGCUGGGGACUUGUGAAUGGCAGCCAAUGGGAGGGUUGAGUCCCCUCAGCCUCUCAGCCUCCCUGACAUCCACAGCGAGAAGUGAUGCAGCGCGACUGAGACGCGCAGUUGAGGUGGAACAACGGGCAACAAAAGCUGCGGCGAACGGAUACUCUCGGCUCCGAUGUGCGCCUUCGCGACCCCGGAGAGAGCAAAAAAAAAAUAUAUACCCAACAACGUUUUCUUUCUAGAAUAAACUUCGUUAUCAGGUGCUGGUCGCCGCCCUGCGUGAGUCUGAGGAGCCCUUCCUGCUUCGGUAGAUUGCAGCAUGAGAACUGAGCCGGUACUCUGACCAGCAACCACCGGACGCAGACCGCUGAGGAAGGUGGGGAGACGAGACAGAAGGCUGUGGUGGCGUGGCCAUGGAUAGAGGGAAGAUUUGCGUAUUGAUGAUGCUGUGGGCCAUGGCCCACCUCAGCUCUCCGGGGGACGGGCUCAGGGCCCUGCGAAGGACUACAGGGGGGCGGAGGGGGUCCGCGGGCCUUACGGGACAGGAUGCCAACGGAGUGCCGCUGAGACGCUCUAAACGAGGCUGGAUGUGGAACCAGUUCUUUUUGUUGGAGGAGUACACCGGGUUGGACAUGCAGUACGUCGGAAAGCUCCACUCAGAUUCGGACAGAGGAGACGGCAGCGUGCGGUACGUCCUCACCGGGGAAGGCGCGGGGACGCUGUUCAGGAUCGACGAGAACUCAGGGGACAUCCACGCCACCAAGAGGCUGGACAGGGAGGAGAAGGCCUACUACAUCCUCCACGCCAAAGCCGUGGACCGCUUCACCAACGAGGCGCUGGAGGGCGAGUCCGAGUUCAUCAUCAAGAUCCACGACAUCAACGACAACGAGCCACGCUUCACCAAGGACCCCUACGUGGCCCGGGUCCCUGAGAUGUCAGACAUCGGCACCUCGGUAAUUCAGGUGACAGCCACAGACGCGGACGACGCCACGUACGGGAACAGCGCCAGGGUGGUGUACAGCAUCCUGGAGGGCCAGCCGUACUUUUCCGUGGACCCGGAAACCGGUCUGAUCAAGACGGCCCUGUCUGGCAUGGACAGAGAAGUCAAAGAGAACUACCAGGUCGUGAUCCAGGCCAAAGACAUGGCCGGGCAGAUGGGCGGGCUCUCGGGGACCACCACGGUCAGCAUCACCCUCUGCGACGUGAACGACAACCCGCCGCGCUUCACCAAGGCUCUGUACGAGUUCAGGGUUCCCGAGUCCGCGGAGCUCGGGUCCACCGUGGGAGUGGUCCGGGCCAUCGACGCAGACAUCGGCCAGAAUGCGGAGAUGGACUACAGGAUCAUGGGGAGCGACGGCCCCGCGAUGUUUGAAAUCGUCACCAACAGGAGCAACCAGGAGGGCAUGAUUGUGCUGAGAAAGGCCCUGGACUUCGAGAGGAAGCGUCAGUACAACCUCCGCAUCCAGGUGGAAAACGUCCACAUCAACCCGCGCUUCUUCUCGGUGGGGCCCUUCAGAGACGAGGCCGUCGUCAGGAUCAUCGUGGAGGACGUGGACGAGCCGCCCGUGUUCGAGCGGCCCAGCUACAUCUUUGAGGUCAAAGAGGACGCGGCCAAGAACACAGUGAUCGGCUCCGUCAGCGCGUCCGAUCCCGACGACAAAAACAGCCCGGUCAGGUACACUAUUGAUCGGUUCACAGACCUGGACAGAGUGUUCAGCAUCCAUGCAGGGAACGGGUCAGUGUUCAUCCUGAGGGACUUGGACAGAGAAGAGUACGCCUGGCACAACAUCUCGGUCGUCGCCACACAGUUCAACAACCCGCGAUACAGCAGCCUAGUGCCCGUGUACGUCAGAGUGCUGGACGUCAACGACAACGCUCCAACAUUUGCCACCAAUUACGAGACGUUUGUGUGCGAGAAUGCCAAGGCUAAUCAGAGGAUACAAACGGUGAGCGCCACGGAUCCCGACGAGCCCCUGGGAGGACACCGCUUCUUCUUCAGCCUGGCCCAGGAGGCUGCUGGGAAGGCUAACUUCUCAGUCCGCGACAACAAAGACAACACAGCCUGGAUCCUGACUCGGAGGAACAGCUACAGCAGCCUGCAGAAGAGCGUCUACCACGUGCCGGUGGUCAUCUCGGACGGAGAGUUCCCCAUGCAGAGCAGCACCAACACGCUGACCGUCCGGGUGUGCACCUGCGACCGCGAGGGCAACAUGAAGCUGUGCAACGCCGAGGCGCUCACGGCGAGGGCGGGGCUCAGCACCGGAGCGCUGGUGGCCAUCCUGCUUUGCGUCAUCAUCCUGCUCAUGAUUGUGGUGCUGUUCGCCGCCCUGAGGAGACAGAGGAAGAAGGAGCCUCUGAUCAUCUCCAAAGAAGAUGUCAGGGACAACGUCGUCAGCUACAACGAUGAAGGCGGCGGAGAGGAGGACACGCAGGCCUUUGAUAUCGGCACGCUGCGCAACCCGGAGGCCAUCGAAGAGAGCAAGCAGAGGAGGGACAUCGUCCCCGAGACCUUCUACCCCCCGGUGCGCCGGCCCGUGCUGCCCCCGAUGCGGGACAAUAACGGGGACGUGAGGGACUUCAUCAACCAGCGGCUGCAGGACAACGACAGCGACCCGACGGCGCCGCCGUACGACUCCCUGGCCACCUACGCCUACGAGGGCAACGGCUCCGUGGCGGAGUCCCUCAGCUCGCUGGAGUCGGUGACCACGGAGGGCGACCAGGACUACAACUACCUGAGCGAGUGGGGGCCCCGCUUUAAGAAACUCGCAGACAUGUACGGGGGCGACGACAGCGACGCCGAUUCCUAACGAGAGCCUGGGACGCAGGCGAGGAGAAGGACAGAGAGAGAGGAAGGAAAAAAAAAACUUUGGCGCAGUCCUGGUGCACGGGGAGAGAGGAAGAGAGGAACGAGCGCUGGCCCUUUAAGUGCUCUUUGACCGCCUUCGAUCACCAUUCAGUGACCAGACGUAGGCUUUGUGUGUCCAGUCAGUGUUAGUUGCGUUCUUUUUGCGAGGCCACAGUGAAAAAAGAGACGUUUUUCUUUUGUGUGUAUAUGGGGUGUACACCACACCCAAAUAUAUCUAUACCGAGAUCUUUUUUUUUUCUUUCUUUCUUUUUCCAAAGCUGCCGGUGGUGGACAGAUUCAACAAGCGGCUUUGUAAACCAACAGAUAUGCCUAUGUAUUUUUCAGUGUUUCUGGGACUAAAAACAUGCUGCAUAUUGUGACUUCUAUCUUAGCUUGUGUAUGUACGGUAAUAUGAUACAAUACGCUGUACAGUUGUUCUGUUUUUCUAGGGAUUUCUAACUUCGAGCCGACACCCACCCCCCCGUCCCCCCGCUCCCUCCCGUCCCCUCCCGCAGCGACGGCUGCCUCAACACGAACCACUCAUCUACAGUCGAGAGUUUGAGCCACAACCGAAUGAGAAAUCUUAUUCCGGAUUACGUGGGAGGACGCGCACCGCUCCAAACUUCUGCUGUCAGUUGUGGCAGUCGUCGGAGAGAAAGUGGCGGACGCUCCUCAAAGCCUACAUAAAAGCUGUGGGGAAGGACUGCAGGAUUUACGGCGACAAUAAAGACCCGCAAACACACCACUCCGUCAUUUUUACAGUAUCCGAUUUUCAUCUCCACUCGGCUUUUUGAACAUUGGCUGUGAGGUGAGCUGAAAUACCAAAUAUUUCCUCAGUGAGCUGAAUGUCGUCAGAGCCAUUUUCCUCUGUGAAGCUUGGGCUGAGAGCAAACAGAGAGGCGUUCAUUUUCUACCGGAAAAAAAAAAAAGAAAGCAAAAUGUGACCGAUUUGAUAUGCGCCAGAGUCCGUUAAGAGGAAAAUACUGGUGGUCUUUUUUUUUUUUUUUUUUUGAGACGAGGCAACAAAGCUUCAACUCACAUCAUGCAGUUUAAUGUUUGAUCUGUUCCAGUGAUGAAGGAACAGCAGGAACGGUCGAUUGGAAUCUGAAACGCGAAAUCCGUAAAGAUUUUCAACUUCGCGUCACGAAGUCCGUAAUUCAAAAGAGCUCUCUCCAGGCAUGGACGCACCAGGCCGAACGACGGCACCCAGGUGUUGGACGUUACUUUUUUUUUGUCGUUCAGUAUUAGCAAAACCGGGCGGGAGGACAAGUUAAUCGGCGCACGACGCGCCGGGGGCAACAUCUGCUCCGGCGAUAUUGAGCCUGCUCUUUAAUAAAAAAAAAAAAAAAAAUGUACAGAUACACCAAACCAACAAAGAACCACUGGCAACCUGAUGUCACCUCACGUCUCCUGUGUUUGUACCCGAAUACAUCCCAAAGACUCCAGCCGACAGCAGCUGGUACAUGCACCCGUCGGCCACAACAUUAAAACCACUGACAGGAGAAGUGAAUGACACUGAGCAUCUGUUCUGCUGGGAAACUUUUAGACCUGUCAUGUGGAUGUUACUCAGACAUGUAGCACCCACCUCGACCAGACCAGAUCAGGCACCCCCGGCCCAUAGCAAUUACACUCCUCGAUGGCAGCAGACAUAACACACUCUGAUGAGAAAGGGUAAAAACAAAAAAAAAAAAAAAAAAUGACAAGCUACCUUAAAAACUCUGUGUUUAUUCUAUUAUUCCUCCUGCACAGUGGAAUGUAUAACACUGCAACAGAAAGCAUAAAGCACCAGUAUUUUCCUCCGAAGCCGCGCCCUUCGUUAGCCGCACUGUAUGUAGUGUUGGACACGAAGCCUGUCUGAGCCCAUUUCCUGCGGGAGGAGCAGCAGCAGCAGCCGCCGCCGCCGCGAAGAUGCUUAUCUCUGGGCCACCUGACCUUUGAGUGGCGCCGAAUUAGUUUCUUAAACCCAGAGGUGCGUCCGCGGCUCAGAGAAAAAGGUCACGGCGCGACCCUGCAGGAAUAACACACACUUUUUAAUUUCAGACGCUAUUUGGAAAAUAACGUGACAACGGUCCGCAGACAGAAAACGUCGUCAUUACUGCUUAGCUUUCGGAACGACGAGGAACACACAAACACACACGCAAAAAAAAAAAAAAAGAAUAAAAUUAAAUGACUAAAACAAGCUGUGGCCUCACGUUAGCAAAAGGCCAACCUGUGAAGAGGCUGACAUUUAUCAGACAUCUCAAACUGUAAUAACAAAACACAAUGGGAUAAUUGCAGCACGGGGCACUUUUUCCUCUCAGUCUGCGACAGCGCAGAGCAUUUAACAAGCCCACUGAUGACGGCCGGGAGAUUCUUUAUGCGCGCCUACUGUAUACAUGUGUUUUCUCUUCUUGUUUUGUUUAUUAGCUUGUUGCUGCAGCUCCCAUUGUGUAAGUGGCCAUUUCAGAUUGUGGCAGCGUCGCUAUGAUUAGCAUUUAAUGGGUUUAAAGAAACAUUUCACUCGGAAGAAAACUGCUUUCUCCUCCUCGAGGUACAACGUGAGGAGGUCUCAAAUGGAAAUCAACAUGACGGCAGCACUCACCGCUUUAUUUUUUUACCUUCUCCCUCCUAAAGUUCACUUUUUUUCCCCCCCGUCUCCGGGCUCCUGUUUUCCCACGGAGGGUGUAAUUGGCUCCGAGCGUUGGCGCCAUGCUCGGCUAAGAUAAUAGGGAAUGUUACGCAUCUUUUUUUUUUUUUUUUCAGUUUCUUGAGAGACGGCGACGUUGAUGUCCUCCUUCUCCAGAUACAAUAGAUCUGUGGUUGUUGAUGUGUAGACGCGGUCGGCCUCGAGCCUCACCUCUACUAUAUUAUGUUGGUGACAAUGUGAUCGAGCAGUUGAGUUGUGUCGACGUAGAAACACUUUUGAGAGGUCGUGGUAGUUUAAAGGGGUCAUUGGCCAUUCAUCAAUCUGCUUUGUAAACCGUGAUAUUUUGUACUGAAUAUUUAUAUGACACGAUUAAAUAUCUUUAAAAAUCA